GCACAUUUAGCAACAUCUUUAGGGAGUUUUGUAGCGAAUUCAUGCACGAAAUCUAUGCGGGGCUGGUAUUUGAAGGGUUUAUAACGAGGAUUAAGGUUCAGAAGGAACUUUACUCUUAUUAUAACUUGAAGAGAAUAGCAUUGAAUAAGUCGCAUUGGUUUGGACAAGUACAAAGACGAUUAAAAAUACAUUUAUGCAGAAAGAACUGUUUGAAGGUCUCAAGCAAGUUAGGCUGUCUAGGGUUCACCCCUUAAUGUUCUUGCUAAGGAGAGCAAUCUUGUGCCUGAUGAUCAUCAUCAAGUUCCACUA